AUGUCCUUCUGUUUUCAGGAGCAACUGAAAUCCGCUCAACUCUUUGGUUAUAAGACAGAAGAGCUCUACAAGCGAGCUAGUAGCUAUGUUGAAGGUGUGAAGGAACUCCUUAGAAUCUGCGAACGUGCCUCUGAAUUCAUUCUUGGUCAAAACAAGCCUCUCGCCUCGACAAAGCUCGAGCGUUCUUCCACUGGUGUGGAGGGGACUGGCAAACGAUCACGACGAUCUAGCCUGAAGAGAAAACAAUCUCAACAACGUCAAGAGGAUGAGCAACAGGAGGAGCAGCAGCAACUGUUUGAGUUUCAAUUGAAACGAAGGUCAUCUAGACCUGGAGGCACCGAAGGGAAGGUGGUCACUCACAUCCAACAACAUAGUAUUGACUUUAGCAAUCCUCGGGAAGCAGAUUUUCUUAGUCUCCUUUCAGCUAUCGAUCUGGAGGAAGCCGCAGCACCCAUCAGCUUUACUCGGAAACACCGUGAUGAAAAUAAAGACAGUAAAGCAAACAUUGAAGACGAAGAUGACGAUGCAUUACUACCCUACAUCGCCAAUCUCCGGAGUCUCUUCAUUGAACUUCUUCCAGGACUGCGGGACACCGUUCUCUCGCUUCUAGAGAAGGCAGGCUCUGAAAUAGAAAUCUCUUCCUCAUUAGUGGCGAAAAUCUACACCAAUUUAACUGAGUUAGUUUCCAAUCUGAAACAGCGAUUUCCUGGUUGGUGUGAGUAUUCAGAGGAGGUCCGAUUGGUCUCGCUGGUAAGUAAUUGUUAA